GUAAAUUGUAAUGUGAAACUUUGGGUACUUGCUUUGAGGAUUUCGUGUUUCUCAGUUUCUCUUCUCCUUCUCAAUGUCGUUGAAUAAGAUUAGCAGUAAUAGUAGGAUAUAGUAAUUUUAUAUUUACUCUGAAAGUUACAUUUACCUACUUUAAUGGAAAACAAUGGAAUUUGUUGAACAGACACCAGAAGUCUUGCAAAGAAAACUGUAUUUUUUAUUGGAACAAUUACAGGAUAUGGCCAGGGAGCUCCCACCCAAGUACCAGAUGAGAGUGCCCAUUGAGCUUCUCUCUGGGCUAGCUAACUGUCUUUUGAACGACACUGUUUUUGAAAUAGUCAAAGGCUUAAUGGAAAUACAACAUGUAACUGAAAAACAUUUGUUCCAGCAAAGGUUGCAAAUAAUAAGCAGACAUACAUUGGAAAUUCAAAAUAUGGUCAAUAGUACUCCAAAUCAAGAAGAAUUAGAAUUGCAGAAGGCAAUAUUAUUCACAAAACACAAAGAAGAAAUUAAACAAACAGAUAUGAAACUUGUAAUCCAGUUGGAUCAAAAAGUGAGCGAUCAACAAGUGACACUGGAAAAAGCUGGAGUGCCGGGGUUUUUUGUCACAAAUAAACCUAUUGAAGUUAAAGUGCAAAUGUAUCUCCUAGAUUUCAUAUUGAGGCUAAGCAAAAUGGACAUUCCUUGACAAUUGUGUUUUUCAAUAUGGAUAAAUAUUUUUUUAUGUGUACCUAACAUAAAUAGAGAUGUGACCCAUUAAAUUUUAUAACAUA